UUGUCAUGGAACUUUUGGAGCCAGCCAAUCUGAAACUUUGUAUAUGUUUAUGAUUCAAAAUAUAAAAGAUUUUAUUGCUGAAAUAAUGACUGGAAGUCGUGGAUUCGGGCAUACAGAUUAUGAUGG